CCUCUCCUAUUUUUAUAGGGAUUAUAUUUUUGAAGAAUUUGAUUUCUGGGGUCCUGCUUGCUGCUUCGGAGAACUCUUAUACAGAGAUUGAGAUUGAGAUUGAGAUGCAAUAGGGUUUGGGUUGGUGACCUGUUUCCUUGAUUUAUUGGGUUCUGCUUCCUUCACAAGAUGGCUAUGGCUGUUGGGUUGGUGAAUGGUAGGUCCUCAUGGACUCAGAGAAGCUUCCCGAAGAACAGAAAGGGGAAGAAGAUGAAUGUUUCUUGUAUUGCUUCUACAGCUAGCUUAACUGAUCAAUAUAGAAAGCUUAGAAUCAAACCUGGUGCUUCUGAAAGCGAGGUCAAGAAGGCCUUUCGCCAGCUCGCUUUACAGUAUCAUCCUGAUGUGUGCAAAGGAAACAACUGCAGUGUUCAAUUCCACAGCAUUAACGAAGCCUACGAUAUGGUGAUGAGCUACUUGAGGGGAGAAGAAACGAACACAGUCGAUCAAUAUGCAUCGUACGAUUAUAACGAUGCAGAUGAGCCAAUGAGAGGGAUGUGCGACCCUGAUUGGGAUAUGUGGGAAGAAUGGAUGGGAUGGGAAGGUGCAGGGAUUCGUGAUUACUCUUCUCACAUCAACCCUUAUAUUUAAUCGGAUCCUCUUCCAUACUCUUUGAUGCUUCCCACGCUCAUCAUAGAGAAUCUCUACCGUCCAUAUUGUUGUUUAUAGUUGCUGAACUUGUUAUAACCUUGUACAUAUUGAGAUUAGAUUUACAUUUUCUGAUAAAAGCCAAAUUUUUGAGGCUUCUCUCUUUGGAAUCAAAGAGAUUCUUCAGAAAUUACAGUUGCUCAAUAAAUAAAAAUAUAAAUUUUCAUA